AUGGCGGCUGAUUCAUUAAUCGACGCUCCAGAAGGAGUCUGGCAAGAAACGUUUGAAUUAUACGAGUUGAUUUUAAAGAGAAAAGCCAAGGAGAAGAAGAAAGACAAGGGUAAGGAGCUGAUAGAGUUAGAUAACUGGUUUCAACAGGAGUUACCAGCUGUAAUUGACAAAAGAGAAGAAAGAUACCUGACCAAGGAAGAAUUGAUCAAACUCAUGCAAUGGAAACUAUCAAGAGGAAAGUUCAGGCCCCGCCUUGUAGAUUUGAUUAAAUCCAACAGUCCUGAAACAAUCUCAGAAAACACAAGAAUGGCAUUCAAGCUGCUACCUAAUAUAGAGAAAUCAAUCAAAAAACUCUCUGAACUUAAAGGUGUAGGACCUGCCACAGCCUCUGCUAUACUGUGUGCUGGCUGCCCACAAGUCCCAUUUAUGGCAGAUGAAGCUAUGAUGACUUUGCCAGUAGGCAAGGGAAAACUAGAAUACACUAUGAAAGCCUACUUGCAGUACCUGGAACAGCUAAGAUCAAAAUGUUUAUCAAAGCUUUGCAAAACAGAUUCUGUUGCCAAUUGGAAUGAACACAAAGUAGAAUUAACAUUGUGGACAUUUGUAACAGCAUCAAAACUGGCACCUGAGCUACUACCAGAAUGUAAGUCAAGUGCUGCUAAACGUAAGAGAGAAGGAACAGGUUCAGGGGAACGGGAUGCAAAGAAAACCAAGAAAUGAAAUAGACAUUUUUAACAUAAAAAUAUUACUUAUGAGACUGAACUUAAAUCAACUGAAAACCUUUUGAUCAUCCUUAAUAAAAAUACAAUACACAAUACAAGAGGUUUUGCACAAUAUCUGACACUUGACAGUAGCAAUGUUAGAUGGCAGAAACAAUACAAUUGUUUUACAUGAGAAAGAAUUCCGAGAGUAAAUGGAAUUUAUCUUUAUUGUUCUGUCAUCUAACAUGGCUACUUUCAAGUGUCAGAUAUUGUGCAAAACCUCUUGUACUUUCUAUUGUAUUUUUAUUAAGGAUAUGGUGUAGUGAUCCACAACUACAAUAAAAUGUAUGUACUAAAAAGGCCUUAUAAUAUAAAAUACAGUUUGUUGAUUGGCAACAGUGAUUGAGACAACAGUGAAUAAAAUCAACUAAAUUGAGAUUCCCUCCCACUCUUGCCCAGUUACAUGAAUAGAAAAAUGAUAGGUUUCUGUUAGCAAUUACACCUAUCUAAUCAACCUAAACAACACAUGUUUUGCCUUGAAGAUUUCCGUAACAAGACAAGGACGAUAAUCCAAGUAAAGUCUAUUAGCAGCAGUUA